AUGCCGUCCCCAUCUUUUACCCUCGAUGCUCAGCUGAGAUUUCAUGACAAAUGGCUGAAGAUAGACUUACAGCGGGCAUUCUCUCCAGAGGGACUGAGCGAGAUGUGGAAUGAAAUGGUAAAAGAUGAAGAGAUAACAUUCAAUGGAGAGGAAUCCGCUCACCCAGAAGAUUGCACUGAUUGCUUUGGGACUCAAAAGAAGGAUGAGCCCAAUGACAAAGAGAAGAAGGAGGAGGAGGAGAUGUCAACAUCAGUUCAUCACUCUAUCAUUGAAACUUGGGACUGGGGCCGGCAGCCAGAUGACAACGAGCUGAAGGACUGUCUGAUGGUUCUUGUUGACGACCAGCAGAAGCUUUCAGCUCAGAUGGCCAAAAGCACUUUAUCUGCCCAGCGUCUGCGCCAGCGCCUGGUCAUACUAGAGCGCUACCUCAUCUCUCUGAGCCACAGCAUGAUGGAGGAGAAGUACAAGGUCCGCUGGAAGACGCCCCCCAGCCCACCACUGCCUGCUGCUGACAAUAAGAGUCCUCGCCCAGCCAGUAAAGGUGUUGAAGGUUUAGCCAGAGUGGGCUCCAGGGCAGCGCUGUCUUUUGCGUUUGCCUUCCUGCGUCGGGCAUGGAGGUCAGGAGACGAUGCAGAUCUUUGCAGUGAACUUCUCCAGGAGUCUCUGGAUGCUCUCCGUGCUUUACCAGAAGCCACACUGUUUGAUGAGGGAACUGUGUCAUCUGUGUGGCUGGAGGUUGUUGAGCGGGCCACCAAGUUCCUCAGUGAUGUGCAUGGAAGUGCCAGUACAAAAGGGAACAUUCCCCUCCAGGACCAGCAUCUCGCUCUGGCCAUCCUUUUGGAGUUGGCUGUACAGAGAGGCACACUCAGUCAGCUGUUGUCUGCCGUUCUGUUGCUGCUGCGCCUGUGGGAAAGCGGUACCAGAGAGAUGGACAAUGAGAGGUCCACGCAGGGAACCAGCGCUCCAUUGCUGCCCCUUCUGCAGCGCUUUCAGAACAUCCACAGUAGCAAAGAGGAACCCAUUCCUGAAGAGGAAGCUGAGAUCCUCACAGCCCCCCUGAGUCCAAACGAGAGCUUCCUGCGCUACCUGACCUUGCCUCAGGACAAUGACUUGGCCAUUGACCUUCGGCAAACAGCUGUUGUUAUCAUGGCCCACCUGGACCGCUUGGCUUCUCCUUGUAGCCCUCCACACUGUAACUCCCCGACAUCACACAAGGGCACCUUGCAGGAGGUGAUUGCCUGGGGCUUGUUGGGGUGGAAGCUUUAUGCUAAUGUUAAUGGACCCAUUCAGUGUAAGGCCCUUUCUAGCCUUGGAGUCACACAAAUCGUCUGCUCAGAAAAGGGCUUUCUCAUUCUGUCAAGCAGUGGUGGUGUCUAUACCCAAAACUACAAGAGCACAACCCUGGCUCCAAUGUUAAUCCAUGGUCUGAGCUCCAGAAAGAUUGUGAAGCUUGCAGCUCAUCCUGAUGGGCAGCAUUACCUGGCCUUGUCAUCCAACGGGGAGGUUUUCUCCUGGGGCUGUGGUGAUGGGGGCCGUCUCGGACACGGAGACACCACGUAUUUAGAAGAACCUACAAUGAUUGCAGCCUUUAAUGGGAAACAGGCAGGGAAGCAUGUGGUGCACAUUGCCUGUGGGAGCACAUACAGCGCUGCAAUUACAGCUGACGGCGAGCUCUACACCUGGGGCAGAGGGAACUAUGGUCGUCUGGGCCACGGUUCCAGUGAAGACCAGACUACACCCAUGCUAGUGACGGCACUGAAAGGACUGAAGGUGGUGGAUGUGGCGUGUGGAAGUGGUGAUGCACAGACUCUUGCCGUUACAGAGAAUGGUCAGGUUUGGUCCUGGGGAGACGGAGACUAUGGUAAACUGGGCCGAGGAGGCAGUGAUGGUUGCAAGACUCCCAAACUGGUGGAGAAACUGCAGGACCUUGACAUAGUGAAGGUUUGCUGUGGCAGCCAGUUUUCAGUGUCUCUUACCAAAGAUGGUCAAGUGUACACCUGGGGAAAGGGAGACAACCAGCGCCUCGGCCAUGGGACUGAUGAGCAUGUACGCUACCCCAAGUUACUCGACAGUCUGCAGGGAAAGAAAGUUGUGGAUGUCGCUGUGGGUUCUACGCACUGCCUUGCAUUGACUGAUGAUGGAGAGGUGCACAGUUGGGGCAGCAAUGAUAAACUCCAACACUUUGACACACUCUUUUCAAACAAGAAGCAGCCUAAGGCCCUGCCAGGGCUCAACUCCAAACACAUAGUGGGGAUCUCCUGUGGCCCAGGACAGAGCUUCGCGUGGUCCUCAUGCUCAGAGUGGUCCGUGGGGCAGCGUGUACCCUUUGUGGUGGACGUGUGUCCCAUGACGUUUGAGCAGCUGGAUCUGCUCCUGCGCCAGGUCAGUGAGGGCAUGGACGGCAGCUCAGACUGGCCCCCGUCACAGGAGAAGGAGUGUAUGGUGGUCGCUACACUCAAUCUGCUCAGGCUACAGCUCCAUGCAGCCAUCAGUAACCAGGUGGAUCCGGAGGAACUUGGGCUAGGACUUGGCAGUGUUCUACUCAACAACCUUAAACAAACAGUGGUUGUGCUCGCUAGUAAUGCAGGAGUGCUCAACACAGUACAAGCUGCUGCCCAAGCUGUCCUCCAGAGCGGCUGGUCAGUGCUGCUGCCCACAGCUGAAGAAAGGGCGAGGGCGUUAUCGUCACUGCUGCCCAACGCUGCAUCUGGAAAUGAGAUGAGUGUUAGCCCAGGGCGUCGCUUUAUGAUUGACCUGUUGGUCAGCAGCUUGAUGGCUGAUGGAGGUUUGGAAUCUGCACUGAAUGCAGCGAUCACUGCUGAGAUACAGGAUAUUGAAGCCAAAAAGGAAGCUCAGAAAGAAAAGGAGAUUGAUGAGCAAGAGGCCAAUGCCUCCACUAUGCACCGUUGUCGCACUGUGUUGGACAAAGACCUGAUCAACACAGGCAUCUAUGAGUCUGCCGGGAAACAAAGUCUACCUCUGGUGCAGCUUGUACAGCAGUUGUUGAGGAACAUCGCCUCUCAGACAAUUGCAAGACUGAAGGAUGUUGCCCGACGUAUUUCCAACUACUUAGAGGCGGAACAUGUGAGCAAGGAGCGCUCUGCAUCUCUGGACCUGUUAUUACGUUUCCAGAGGCUGCUGGUUAGCAAGCUUUACCUGGGGGUUAAUGGCACAGAGAAUGUCAACGGAUACAAUCCGGAGCUUCUUGGAGUUGGUUCUUUGUUAAAAAAGUACAUCGCUCUGCUGUGUACUCACAUUGGAGACAUUCUUCCAGUGGCUACAAGCAUAGCCUCCACUGGUCGCCGCCACUUCGCUGAAGUGUCUCGUGUUAUUGAAGGAGAUUUAACUGGCGUUCUCCUGCCUGAGCUGGUGGUGUCCAUCGUCCUCCUCCUCACCAUUGAUGCAGGGCUGAUGCAGGAGACUGGUUCUAUUCCUCUACUCGCUGGACUCCUGGAGCACCUUGACCGUUUCAAUCAUCUGGCUCCUGGACAUGAGAGGGAUGAUAAUGAGGAUCUGGCCUGGCCAGGCAUUAUGGGAUCAUUCUUUACUGGCCAAAGCUCUAAGAACAAUGAAGAGGUGUCUCUUAUCCGCAAGGCUGACCUGGAGAAUCAUAAUAAAGAUGGUGGUUUUUGGACUGUUAUUGAUGGAAAAGUCUAUGACAUCAAGGACUUCCAGGCUCAAUCUCAGUCACUAACUGGAAACAGUAUCCUCGCCCAGUUUGCAGGAGAGGACCCAGUAGUUGCUUUGGAAGCUGCACUGCAGUUUGAGGACACCAGAGAGUCCAUGCAGGCCUUUUGCGUUGGCCAGUACAUGGAGCCUAAUCAGGAGACAGUCACAACCCCAGAUCUCAGCAGUCUUUCCUCCCCGCUCAUCGACACAGAGAGGAACCUGGGUCUGUUACUGGGUCUUCACGCCUCCUAUCUGGCCAAGAGCACCCCUCUGUCCCCCAUGGAAAUCGAAUGUGCCACCUGGCUUCAGUCGUCUAUAUUCUCUGGAGGCCUGCAGACCAGUCAGAUCCACUACAACUACAAUGAGGAGAAAGAUGAAGACCACUGCAGCUCCCUCGGGACAACUACCCCAGACAAAGCCAAAUUAUAUGCUCGGAGAAUAACACUCAGUGACCACGCACAGCCCUUCCUGCAGGCAAUCGCUGACAACAACACUCAGGACCACUCUGUGAAGGACUUCCUCUGCCAAAUAGAGCGUUGCUGUAAGCAGUACCAUCUUAUUACACCCAUCACCUUCCCCCCAGAGCACCCAGUGGAGGAAGUUGGCCGCCUGCUGCUCUGCUGCCUGCUCAAACAUCAAGACCUUGGUCAUGUCGCUCUCUCACUUGUCAGUCAAUGUGCCUUGGGUGUGGACCAGGGGAAACAGAGGUCCCUCCCCAAAUCUGUGAUUGACGUGUGCCGCAUGGUCUACCAGGCAAAAUGUUCUUUAAUUAAGACCCAUCAAGAACAAGGUCGCUCCUAUAAGGAGGUGUGUGCCCCUGUUAUUGAGCGUCUUCGCUUCCUUUUUAAUGAGCUGCGUCCUGCUGUAAGCAACGACCUGUCCAUAGUGUCUAAACUGAAGCUGUUGAGCUCUCAGCCACGCUGGAGACGGAUCACCCAAAAACUCAUCAGGGAUCGCAGGAAAAAAAGAGUGCCUAAGAAGUCAGAGUCUGCUGACAUUGAAGAGCCAAAGCUGGAGAAUGAAGGGACCAAUGAAGAGGAGCUUAACGUCAACAUUAGUGCCCCACCUGCUGAUAGGAAGUCACCUACUACCAAGCCAUCCAAGCAGGACAAGUGGCAGCCCCUCCUCAACACUGUGACCAGUGUCCAGAAGUACAGGUGGCUUAAACACAGUGUCCAGGGUGCCUUUUCUCAGUCGAGCCUCAUGGCCACCAUUGUGGAGUUUGCACUGAAAGAAGAACCACUGGAUGUGGAGAAGAUGAGGAAGUGUCUUCUUAAACAGCUGGAGAGGGCAGAGGUGAGGCUAGAGGGGAUCGACACAAUGCUGAAGUUGGCCUCCAAAAGCUUCCUGCUGCCUUCUGUGCAAUAUGCCAUGCUCUGUGGCUGGCAAAGAGUCAUACCAGAAGGGACCAACAUUGGGGAGCCCCUGUCUGACUGCCUGAAGGAUGUGGAUCUGAUCCCUCCCUUCAACCGCAUGCUUUUGGAGGUGACGUUUGGCAAGUUGUAUUCCUGGGCAAUCCAGAACGUUCGCAACAUCCUGCUUGAAGCCAGCGCCCGCUUCAAGGAGCUCGGUGUGCAGCCUGUUCCUUUGCAGACCAUCACCAAUGAGAACCCAGCAGGACCAAGCCUUGGCACCAUUCCACAAGCUCGCUUCCUUCUGGCAAUGAUCCACAUGCUGUCCCUCAAACACGGGGCAAACAGCCUCAGUCUCCUACUGAAUUCUGGUGUACUGGCCCUCACACAGAGUAUCCUCAGGCUCAUAGGACCGAGCACAGACAGCACUGAAGAGGACCUGAGCCUAUGUGCACAUGGAGGUUCAGCCACAGUACUGGAAGAGUCCAGAAAGGAGGCUGCCCCUGCCCCUCUUCCUGCAUCUGGCCCAGAGCUGGCUGCAAUGAUGAAAAUAGGAACCAGGGUGAUGAGGGGGGUUGACUGGAAAUGGGGAGAUCAGGAUGGUCCUGCACCAGGUCUUGGCAGGGUCAUUGGAGAACUGGGGGAAGAUGGUUGGAUCAGGGUACAGUGGGAUACCAGCAGUACCAAUUCCUACAGAAUGGGUAAAGAGGGCAAGUAUGACCUUAAACUUGCAGAACCACCACCAGCUGCCCAGCCUCCCACGGAGGACUCAGACACAGAGGAUGACACAGAAGGUGAGCUGAUUGAAAAGAGCAGUCAUCCAACCGCUAUGAUGCUGACUAGUACAGUGAACCUGCUGAAGACACUAUCGCUGACAGCUGGGAUCUACGCUGAGGUUUUACAGACAGAUGCGACACGGACCCUGUGUGGGCUUCUGAGGAUGCUCGUGGAAAGUGGAGCUAAUGACAAAUCAGGAUGUCACUCUCACAGACUCGUCUCUCGGGAGCAGCACAGGAGCUGGUGUACGCUGGGCUUUAUACGUAGCAUCGCUCUCAUGCCUCAGAUGUGUAGCACACUCAGCACCUCUGCAUGGAUUAGCCUCCUCAUCCGAAUUGUUGAAGGGCACCAGUCAUUUAAUGCAAUUACUCUGCAAAGACAGAUUCUGGCACUACGUCUCCUUCAGGCAGUCCUACCCUCAUGGGAUAAGAUGGAGCGCUCUCAGGACAUGAAGUUUCUGGUGGAAAAGUUGUUUAGCUUCUUAGGGAGCCUACUGAGCACCUGCUCCUCAGAUUUGCCACUUCUCAGAGAGGGCUCUCUGCGAAGGAGGAAGUCCCGCCCUCAGGCAUCUCUUACAGCCACACACAGCAGCACACUCGCUGAAGAGAUUGUAGCUGUCUUACGCACUUUGCAUUCUCUAAACCAAUGGAACAGCCUUAUAAAUGACUACAUCAACACUCAGCUGAGUGCCAUUGGAGAUGUGAUGGCAGGCUGCCAGUCUGAGGCAUGUUUUCUGGAGGAGUAUUUUCCUGAAUCUGAAGGCCCCAGAGUGGGCAGUCUGAUGGCUGUACUUGCCGUCAUUGGAGGGAUUGAUGGGCGCCUCAGGUUAGGAGGUCAGGUCGUUCAUGAGGAGUAUGGAGAGGGAACAGUCACACGCAUCACCCCUAAAGGCCGCAUCACUGUCCAGUUUCAUGAGAUGAGGACAUGUAGAGUUUGCUUGCUUAAUCAUCUGAAACCGCUGCCAGCAGUGUCCUUCAGUGUGCAGAACCUGCCCUUCACUGAGCCCAUGUUAGCAGUUUGGGCUCAGCUGGUCAGCCUUGCCGGAAGCAAGCUUGAAAAACAACGCAUGAAGAAGUCCUUAAGUCGAGGGCUUACAGCUGACCAGGUGGACAUCCAUUUGCUGCGGUGCCAGCAGCUGAGGCUGUACAUUUUAAAAGCAGGUCGGGCUCUGCUCUCUCACCAGGACAAACUCAGACAGAUCCUCUCACAGCAGGCUGUUGUAGACAUUGGACCAAAUCCCAGUGAGGAUCCAGUGGUGUCAUCUCCUGAUGUGGGCGACUUGUCUCCUGAGGGCCCUCUUCCUCCACUGAUCCUCCUUCAGCAGCUGCUGUCUGCUGCCACUCAACCUUCACCCAUCAAAGCCAUUUUUGACAGACAAGAGAUGGAGGCAGCAGCUCUGGCAGUGUGUCAGUACCUGGCUGUGGAAUCCACACACCCGUCCUCCCCUCUUUUUGAAGAAAGCAGCUCCAGUGAGGCCACCACACCUGUCACCAUCCAGCACAUCAGACCACCCAAACAGAAGAAACAGAAAACCUCUCCUGUACCUCCCUUACCCAUUGUGCUCCAGCUCAUGGAGAUGGGUUUCCCGCGGAAAAACAUUGAAUUUGCCCUGAAGUCAUUGUCUGGAACUACAGGCAGUGCCUCUGGUGUACCAGGUGUCGAGGCUUUGGUGAGCUGGCUGCUGGACCACCCAGACAUUCAUGUCACUGAGCUGUCGGACGCUGAUACCGUGUCUGAUGAAUACUCAGAUGAAGAGGUGCUGGAGGAGCUGGAGGAGGCAGAGCCUACCUUCCCUGUGCCUCCAGGGGCAGUGGUGACUGAAAGCCAGACAUUUAAGAAGAGGUCUGACUUUCAAAGCAAUGAUGAUUAUGCCGUCUACGUUAGAGAGAACAUCCAGGUUGGGAUGAUGGUGAAGUGUUGUAGAACGUAUGAGGAAGUGUAUGACGGAGAUGUCGGUAAAGUGAUUAAGCUGGACAGAGAUGGACUUCAUGACUUGAAUGUACAGUGUGACUGGCAGCAGAAGGGAGGAACGUACUGGGUCCGCUACAUCCACAUCGAGCUGCUUGGAUUCCCACCGCAAAGUUCUCCUUCGCACAUAAAGAUUGGGGACAAAGUGAGAGUAAAACCCACAGUCACCACACCAAAGUACAAGUGGGGUUCAGUAACCCACAGGAGUGUAGGAGUUGUAAAAGCUUUCAGUGCCAAUGGAAAGGAUGUGAUUGUAGACUUCCCGCAGCAGUCUCACUGGACUGGCUUGUUGUCUGAGAUGGAACUGGUGCCCAGUGUCCACCCUGGAGUCAGGUGUGAUGGCUGCCAGAUGUUCCCUAUAAACGGCCCUAGGUUUAAAUGCAGAAAUUGCGAUGAUUUCGACUUCUGUGAAAACUGUUUCAAGACCCGCAAACAUAACACCAGACAUUCCUUCGGCAGAAUCAAUGAGCCUGGUCAGUCUCCAGCGUUCUGCGGUCGCUCAGGAAAACAGCUUAAAAAGCACCACAGCAGCCAGCGUGGAAUGCUGAUCGAUGAUUGGUCUCGCGCUGUCAAGAGUCUCAAUGUCUCAUCAUCAGUUAACCAGGCCUCACGCCUCAUUGACUGCAGCGAUCAGUGCUGGCAGUCGUCUGGUUCACAGGGAAAGCACUGGAUUCGUCUUGAGCUUUUCCCAGAUGUUCUUGUGCACAGGCUGAAGAUGAUUGUGGACCCUGCAGACAGCAGCUAUAUGCCCUCACUAGUGGUGGUGUCAGGUGGAAGCUCUUUGAACAACUUGAUUGAACUGAAGACAAUCAACAUCAAUCCCACAGACACUACUGUGCUUCUCCUUAGUGACUGCACUGAGUAUCACAGAUAUAUUGAGAUCGCAAUCAAGCAGUGCCGUAGCUCUGGUAUAGACUGCAAGAUUCACGGUCUUGGAAUUGUGGGCCGUAUAAGAGCAGAGGAUGAAGACCUGGCCACAGUUCCUUUCCUGGCAUCUGACAAUGAAGAAGAAGAUGAUGAUAAAACUGCCACUGGGAGUCUCACUCGGAAAAAGUCAUCGGGAUUGGAGUCUGCAGCCACCAUCAGGACCAAAGUGUUCGUCUGGGGUCUGAAUGACAAGGACCAGCUGGGAGGACUCAAGGGGUCUAAGAUCAAGGUGCCUUCCUUCUCUGAAACUCUCUCUGCACUUAAUGUAGUGCAAGUGGCUGGUGGUUCCAAAAGCCUCUUUGCAGUAACUGUUGAGGGGAAGAUUUACGCAUGUGGGGAAGCCACAAAUGGCAGGUUAGGUCUGGGCUUGUCUAGUGGGACCAUCCCCAUUCCCCGUCAGAUCACUGCCCUCAGUAACUAUGUGGUGAAGAAAGUCGCUGUGCAUUCUGGAGGACGCCAUGCGAUGGCCUUGACUGUGGAUGGGAAGGUCUUUUCUUGGGGUGAAGGAGACGAUGGCAAACUGGGACACUUUAGCAGAAUGAACUGUGACAAGCCUCGCCUAAUUGAGGCCCUGAAGACAAAACGUAUCCGUGACAUUGCCUGUGGCAGCUCUCAUAGUGCAGCCAUUACCUCCAGUGGGGAGCUGUACAGCUGGGGUUUGGGGGAAUAUGGCCGCCUCGGACAUGGUGACAACACUACUCAGCUUAGGCCUAAACUGGUGAAAGUGCUUCUGGGACAUCGUGUUAUCCAGGUGGCUUGUGGGAGCAGGGAUGCUCAAACACUAGCUCUCACAGAUGAAGGGUUGGUGUUUUCCUGGGGUGAUGGGGAUUUUGGUAAGCUUGGCCGCGGAGGCAGUGAAGGCUGCAACAUCCCACAGAACAUAGAGAGACUCAAUGGCCAGGGUGUCUGUCAGAUUGAGUGUGGGGCUCAGUUUUCACUGGCUCUCACCAAAUCUGGAGUGGUGUGGACAUGGGGCAAAGGCGACUAUUUCCGAUUGGGACAUGGAACUGAUGUCCAUGUGCGGAAGCCCCAGAUGGUGGAGGGCCUAAGAGGCAAAAAGAUUGUCCAUGUUGCCGUUGGAGCGUUGCACUGUCUGGCAGUCACAGACACAGGACAGGUCUAUGCGUGGGGUGACAAUGACCACGGGCAGCAGGGGAAUGGCACAACCACAGUUAACAGGAAGCCCACUCUGGUUCAGGGUCUGGAGGGGCAGAAAAUCACUCGAGUGGCCUGUGGCUCCUCCCACAGUGUGGCAUGGACCACGGUUGAUGUGACCACACCUUCAGUUCAUGAACCUGUCCUUUUUCAGACAGCAAGGGACUCCCUGGGAGCAUCGUAUCUGGGUGUGCAGUCAGACAGUGACUCUUCUGCAGUAAGCAAUAAGAUGAGUGGGCAGAACAGCGCAAAGCCUAAUCGACCCUCGCUUGCCAAAAUUCUCCUCAGUCUGGAUGGAAACUUGGCCAAACAGCAGGCCCUGUCACAUGUGCUGUCAGCUCUGCAGAUCAUGUAUGCAAGGGAUGCAGUGGUUGGUGCUCUGAUGCCAGCCAGCAUGAUUCUGCCAGCAGAAUGUCCUUCCAGCUCACCCAUUCCCCCAUCAGACUCCUCUUCCUCAUCCAGUGUGAGUGAUGAAGAGGCUCCGCCCAUCCCUCCUGAAGCUGAAGAGCGAGUCAGCCCUAAUCCCUGGCAGGACAAGAAGACAGAGGUUCCUUCUUCUGAGGAUGCUGUAACCCCGUCAUCAGCUGUGACUCCAUCUGGCCCCUCUUCACGUCCUUUCAUUCCUGUCACCGAUGACCCCGGUGCAGCCAGCAUCAUUGCUGAGACCAUGACUAAAACCAAAGAGGACUCUGAGAGCCAGAACAAAGUGGUCGGUCCUGAGCCUCAGUACCUGGAUGAGUUCACGAGUCUGCUUGUGCCCGAUGACACACGAGUAAUGGUGGACCUGCUCAAACUGGCAGUGUCAUGUCGUUCAGGGGAGAAAGGCAAGGAGGUGCUGUCUGCUGUACUGUCCGGAAUGGGUACAGCUUAUCCACAGGUUGCGGACAUGCUGCUGGAGUUGUGCGUCACCGAGUUAGAAGAUGUCGCCACAGACUCACAGAGUGGUCGUUUGUCCUCCCAGCCAGUUGUUGUAGAGAGCAGCCAUCCAUACACAGAUGACACAUCCACUAGUGGCACUGUCAAGAUCCCAGGUGCUGAAGGUUUAAGGAUAGAGUUUGAUCGUCAGUGUUCCACUGAGAGACGCCACGACCCACUAACAAUCAUGGAUGGAGCCAAUAGGAUUGUCUCCGUUAGAUCAGGUCGGGAGUGGUCUGACUGGUCCAGUGAAUUAAGAAUCCCCGGAGAUGAGCUCAAAUGGAAAUUCACCAGUGACGGCUCAGUAAACGGCUGGGGCUGGCGAUUCACUGUGUAUCCCAUCAUGCCUGCUGCUGGUCCCAAAGACUUACUGUCUGAUCGCUGCAUCUUGUCCUGCCCCUCCAUGGACUUAGUUACCUGCCUCCUGGACUUCAGGCUCAACUUUGCCUCUAACAGGAGCAUUGUUCCCCGUCUAGCAGCUUCUCUCGCAGCUUGUGCUCAGCUAAGUGCACUUGCUGCUGGACACAGAAUGUGGGCUCUACAGAGGUUACGAAAGCUCCUAACCACAGAAUAUGGUCAGUCCAUCAACAUCAACAGGCUGCUUGGUGACAGUGAAGGAGAGGCUCGUUCUGUGAGUUUCACUGGCAGUGCGCUUGCCGCUCUAGUGAAGGGGCUACCAGAGGCUCUACAAAGACAAUAUGAGUAUGAGGACCCCAUUGUGAGGGGAGGGAAGCAACUGCUGCAUAGUCCAUUUUUUAAGGUGUUAGUUGCUCUUGCCUGUGAUCUUGAGCUUGACACGUUACCCUGCUGUGCUGAGACCCAUAAGUGGGCGUGGUUUCGUCGAUACUGCACAGCCUCCAGGGUGGCUGUGGCUCUAGACAAGAGAACCUCACUACCAAGACCUUUCCUGGAUGAGGUCACAAAGAAAAUCCGUGAGCUUAUGGCUGAUCACGAGAGCAUGAACGGCCUCCAUGAGAGUCAUGACCUGUUCAAGCGUGAGCAUGAUGAGCAGCUCGUACAGUGGAUGAACCGACGACCGGAUGACUGGACCCUCUCUGCGGGAGGCAGUGGCACCAUCUACGGCUGGGGUCACAAUCACAGAGGUCAGCUGGGGGGCAUCGAGGGGGCAAAGGUCAAAGUGCCAACACCUACUGAAGCUCUGGCCACCUUGCGUCCGGUCCAGCUUAUCGGAGGAGAGCAGACUCUGUUUGCUGUCACUGCUGAUGGAAAGCUAUAUGCAACAGGAUAUGGAGCUGGUGGGAGACUGGGCAUCGGUGGCACGGAGUCUGUAUCCACCCCAACUCUGCUGGAGUCCAUCCAACAUGUCUUUAUCAGGAAAGUGGCUGUGAACUCUGGAGGAAAGCACUGCUUGGCACUGUCCUCCGAGGGGGAAGUGUAUUCAUGGGGAGAGGCUGAAGAUGGAAAACUAGGCCACGGGAACAGAAGCCCAUGUGAUCGUCCUCGUGUAAUUGAGUCGCUGAGGGGUGUGGAAGUCGUGGAUAUCGCUGCCGGAGGGGCUCACAGUGCCUGCAUUACUGCCAGUGGAGAACUCUUCACCUGGGGCAAGGGUCGCUAUGGACGACUGGGCCAUGGAGACAGUGAAGACCAGCUCAAACCUAAGCUGGUGGAUGCUCUACAGGGUCACAGGGUCAUUGAUGUAGCCUGUGGCAGUGGGGACGCCCAAACAUUGUGUCUAACAGAUGAUGACAUGGUCUGGUCCUGGGGAGAUGGGGACUACGGUAAAUUGGGCCGGGGAGGCAGUGACGGCUGCAAAAUACCCAUGAAGAUUGAUUCGCUCACUGGCCUCGGAGUGGUCAAAGUGGAGUGUGGAUCACAGUUUUCUGUGGCUCUUACAAAGUCUGGUGCUGUGUACACAUGGGGGAAAGGGGACUACCAUCGGCUGGGCCACGGCUCUGAUGACCACGUUCGAAGACCGCGACAGGUCCAGGGGCUUCAAGGCAAGAAGGUCAUUGCCAUCGCCACAGGGUCGCUGCACUGUGUGUGCUGCACAGAGGAUGGAGAAGUUUACACAUGGGGAGACAACGAUGAGGGCCAACUUGGAGAUGGGACCACAAAUGCCAUCCAGAGGCCCCGACUGGUGGCUGCACUACAGGGCAAGAAAAUCAACAGGGUGGCCUGUGGAUCUGCUCACACCCUCGCCUGGUCUACCAGCAAACCCACCAACGCCGGGAAACUACCUGCACAGGUACCCAUGGAGUACAACCACCUGCAGGAGAUCCCCAUCAUGGCCUUGAGGAACAGGCUGCUGCUGCUUCACCACAUCUCGGAGCUCUUCUGCCCCUGUAUCCCCAUGUUUGAUCUGGAGGGUCGACUGGGUCAGACCGGCCACGGGCCCUCAGUGGGCUUCGACACGCUCAGAGGCAUCCUAAUCUCCCAGGGCAAGGAGGCAGCGUUCAGGAAGGUGGUUCAGGCCACGAUGGUGAGGGAUCGACAGCACGGACCAGUGGUGGAGCUGAACAGGAUACAGGUGAAGCGUUCCCGUAGCAAAGGGGGCCUGGCAGGUCCUGAUGGAACCAAGUCUGUGUUUGGUCAGAUGUGUGCCAAAAUGAGUUCGUUUAGCCCAGACAGUCUGCUGCUUCCUCACCGGGUCUGGAAAGUCAAAUUUGUGGGGGAAUCUGUGGAUGACUGCGGUGGAGGCUACAGUGAAUCCAUCGCCGAAAUGUGCGAGGAGCUGCAGAACGCGCUGACUCCGCUGCUCAUCGUCACCCCUAAUGGGCGUGAUGAAUCGGGCGCCAACAGGGACUGUUUCCUGCUCAACCCUGCAGCCAAGUCGCCUCUUCACAUGAGCAUGUUCCGCUUCCUAGGGGUGCUCCUGGGCAUUGCAAUCCGUACUGGAAGCCCUCUUAGUCUGAACCUGGCAGAGCCGGUCUGGAAACAGCUGGCAGGCAUGAACCUGACCAUCGCUGACCUCAGUGAGGUUGAUAAGGAUUUCAUUCCUGGGUUGAUGUACAUCCGGGACAACGAGGCCACAGCGGAGGAGUUCGAGGCCAUGACGCUGCCCUUCACGGUGCCCAACGCCAGCGGUCAAGACAUCCAGCUCAGCUCCAAAUACUCCCACAUCACACUGGAGAACCGCGCAGAAUAUGUCCGCCUCGCAAUUAACUACAGGCUGCACGAGUUUGACGAGCAGGUGGCUGCAGUGCGUGAGGGCAUGGCUCGAGUCGUUCCUGUUCCCUUGCUGUCACUUUUUACUGGUUACGAGCUGGAAACAAUGGUGUGUGGAAGCCCAGACAUCCCCCUUCACCUGCUCAAGUCGGUGGCCACUUACAAAGGGGUGGAACCAACGGCACCGCUCAUCCAGUGGUUCUGGGAAGUCAUGGAGUCUUUCUCCAACACGGAGAGGUCUCUGUUUUUAAGGUUCGUCUGGGGUCGCACACGCCUGCCUCGUACCAUCGCUGACUUCAGAGGCCGCGAUUUUGUUGUGCAGGUCCUGGAUAAGUACAACCCUCCAGACCACUUCCUCCCUGAGUCCUACACAUGUUUCUUCCUGCUGAAGCUGCCGAGGUACUCGUGUAAACAAGUGCUGGAAGAGAAACUGAAAUACGCCAUCCACUUCUGCAAGUCUAUCGACACUGACGACUACGCCCGCAUCGCCCUGUCCGGAGAACCCGCCGCUGACGACAGUAGCGAAGACUCCGACAACGAGGACGCCGACUCGUUUGCCUCAGACUCCACCCAGGACUACCUUACAGGACACUGAACCACGGACCCUCUGAGGGUCCGGGUGAGCACAGACUACUUCAGAUGCCUCCUAUUAAUACACUCAUUCAUUGUGGCAUCUGCUAAGACACGAACGUCUGUGGGGGAAAAAUGUGCAAUGAGCUUUAAAAGCAUUAUAAGCUAAAGAGAGAACAAACAGAGGUUUGCUCCGACAUAGUUUCUUUGAGGACAUAAGGCUGCACAUGUGAUUGUUGUGUUACAUGGGAAUUGUGUAUAUUAUUACCGUUACAGAGAAAAAAAGGCUCCAGCCUAGCACUGUGGUAGAUCUCUCCCUCUGGUUUGUGUGAAUUACCUGUCCCUAGUUUGUACAUAGAAAUUGAUGUGCGACAAAUUGGUAGUAUUACUUUUUUGUUUCUUGGUAAUAGCCAUGUUUCUUUAUUAAAAAGAAAAGCCUUUUUAACUUAAAACAGAAGUCAGUGUUUCUCACUCGGCUCUCGUCAGUCGGAGCCCACUGAAGGGUCAUUUUAAGAUUCCUGUAUUUACCCCUCUCCCCCACCAUGUUUGUGCACUGUCUCCUUAAAGAAUGUAUAUAAUAUGAUUGUGCCAUGUAUACACAGAAGGUCUCAUUCCUGCAUAUUAAAUGUUAAUACAUUUCUGUUAAUAAAUUCAAGUGAAACUGA